AUGUCACCUAUAACUAUUGAUCGAUUAAAAAAAUCUUUUUUACCAUAUGGUCUUAUAUUUAUUUUUUUAAUUGUAAUAAUCAUAUGUCUAACUAUUUUAACUAUUGUCUAUGCUAGUUUAUGGCGUAGUAGUAAAGUUUCUCCAAAGAUUUAUGCAGUUGAAAAUGGAAUUAUUGGUUAUCCUGUUCGUUUACCAAAUGAUGGUCGUUAUGCUCAAUGGACAUUUUUACAUUUAAAUGAUGUUUAUGAAUUAUUACCACUUGAUAGAGGACGAAAAGGUGGACUAGCACGUGUUGCUUAUAUUCGUCGAUUAUUAAAAGAAGAAAAUUCACAUACAUAUACAAUUCUCGCUGGUGAUCUUCUUUCACCAUCAGCUUUAAGUUCAUCGAAAGUUAAUGAUACAACUUUAAAUGGAAAACAAAUGAUUGCAACAAUGAAUACUCUUGGACUUGAUUUUAUGACAUUUGGUAAUCAUGAAUUUGAUUUAUCGGAAAAUGAUUUACUUGCACGAAUGAAUGAAUCAAAAUUUACUUGGAUUAGUUCAAAUGUCUUUCGUAAAGAUAAUAAUCAAUUAUUUGGAUCAAGUAUAUCACAUAAAAUAAUAACUAUUGAUACAGUUCGAAUACUUUUCAUUGGUUUAACUAUUGAUGGAACUGGUUCAUAUAUUCAAUAUAUUAAUCAAACAUCAUUAAUUAAUUAUGUUCAAGAAUUUUUAAACAAAUUUUCAAAAAAUGAAACAUAUGAUGUACUUGUUGCUAUAACUCAUUUAGAUUUGAUUAUUGAUGCUGAACUUGCUACGAAAAUUCCUCAAAUUGAUCUUAUUAUUGGUGGACAUGAACAUGAAAAUUAUUAUUAUUUACGAGGAAGACAAUAUACACCAAUUUAUAAAGCAGAUGCAAAUGCUUUUACUGUUUAUAUUCAUCGUUGUGCAUUUAAUUUAGAUACAAAACGAUUUCGUAUUUAUAGUCAUUUAACACAAAUUACAUCUGAAAUACCUGAUGAUGAACAAACUGCAACAGUUGCUAAUUAUUGGUUUAAUUUAGGUAUACAAGGAUUUCAAGCAUUAGGUUUUGAACCAAAUGAAAUUGUAUCAUGUUUACCUUCGGGUAUUGAAUUAGAUGGACGAUCGGAAUCUGUACGAAGUCAAAUGACACUAUUAACUGCUUCUAUUUGUGAAAGUAUGUUAGAAUUAACAGCACACAAUGAAACAACUAUUGGAAUUAUUAAUUCAGGAACUGUACGUAUUGAUGAUAUUCUUCGUGAAACAAUAACACAAUAUGAUAUUUUACGUACAUUACCUUUUGGAAAUGUUGUGAUUGUAAUUUCUGUUCCUGGUGAAUUACUUGCUCGAGUACUUACGACUGGUAUAUCAAUAAAAGGAAAUGGAAUGUUUCUUGCUUAUACGAGAGUAGAAACACCUGAUGAUGGUAAAACAUGGUUAUUCAAUGGAAUAGAUAUCUCGAAAAGUGGUCUUACUUAUAGAGUAGCAACAACAUCGUAUCUACGAGAUAAUACACAAUUAAAUAAUUCAGAUGUCGUUACUUUAUACGAUAGUAAUACAACACAGACAAAAAGUUUAUUAGAAUAUUUACAAAGAAAAUAUCCUCCUUGUUAA